AUGAUUUCAUUAUUACUUAUACUUUCUUCGAGACAAAUCCUUCACGCAAAUAGUCAGAAUAAUGAUAAUCCUUAUUACGGAGUACCACUCGGAGCUCUUCAUUACAGUGAUGGUAAUACACGAGCGGAAGCUUAUGCCGCUAAUGAAUAUACCGUCAUUUUUCAUCGUUUCACGCAUCGACCACGUCAACCUGGAUGUACUUCGAUAAUAAUUGGACCACCACGAGCGACUGAUCGUAAUACAGCUGUUGGUGGUGUUUUCUUGUCAAUCUCACAACCUAUGGUAGCAUCUCAAUCCACUACUAGAAGGCGAUUUACCCGUCAAGUUCCUUUCUCUAUUUUUGGGAUGCGUAAUUGGCCCGUUGAAUUUGAUCAUCUUGAACUUCGAAAAGAUAGUAGAGAGCCGAUACCGAGCCAGCAAAAAGAUCCAUUUGCGGGGAUUGAAAUCGAUGUAAAUUCAUCAGAAGAUGUUACCCCUAAAACGAAAGACAUUCAUAUUGAGGGAAUCAGCGCUCUUGAAGCUGUAGAUUCAUCAACAGUAUCAACAACAACCAAUAUCUUUGAUGGUGGUGAGGUAUCCGUGAAAAUUCAAGGUGAAAUUGAACAAUCGAAUUUCACCACCGAAACCAUCAUUACAAAUACAGAUACAACAAGUAUGAUUAAUAGUAAUUAA